AUGGAAUCUGUUGCAAAGGAAACGUACCUCAAACGAGAAAUAGAAGAAAGUUAUGAGCAAUUGGAAACGACGUUUGACGAAGAAGAUGAAGAUGAAAAUUUUUACAUAAUGAAAAGAAAUACAAUCACUAAACGUAGACGGAUGGAAUCAGCUGAGGGCGGACUUGUUGAAAUUGAACGAUUUAAAAGCUGUUCGAGAACGUUAACACAAUCAAGCCAGCAGUCAACAAUUAAAUUUAAUUUACAUGUUGAUAGCACGUAUGAACAACUGUUAACGGGUGAAGUACAAGAUAUGUCGUUUAAAACUUCAAACGUAUUAGCAUAUAAAUCAUCCGAUUUUAAUAGUUUAUUAAACAAAAUGUUUAACAAAUUAUUAUCUGAGGAAGCACAGUUUAUAUCAAAAAAAUCAGGAAGACCUAUUAUGUUCGAAGAAGGAGAUGACGAUUUCAUAUAUUUCAAAAACUAUAAAAAUACUCAACGAAUCCCGAUUGUUAUAUACGCUGACUUUGAAUGUAUUUUAAACCCUAAACAACCUGAUAAAUUCAUUCAAAGUAGUAAAAAACCAAAAACUUGUAUUACACAUUUACAUAAACUUAUGAGUUACGGGUUUUAUCUAACUAGUCCAUCAUUUGUACCAAUCUUCUUUCAUAAUCUGACAUAUGACAGUCACUUUAUAAUUCGAGAACUUGGGUGUAACGAUAAAGAUAUUCAUGUUAUACCUAAUUCAUCUGAAAAAUAUAUAUCAUUCAGUAAAGAAAUCGUACCAAAAUUUAACAUUAAGUUUGUUGAUACAUACCGUUUUAUGGCUGAAAAAUUAAGUAAACUAGCAAAAAAUUUAUCCGAAGAUAAAUUGAAGUUUAGAGAAACUAUUAAAGUAUUUUCUAUUAAAGUAUUAGAUCUAGUUACUCGAAAAGGAGUCUUCCCCUCUUUAUCCGAUGAAUAUAUUACUGAUGAUGAUUAUGUUCAUGCGAAAAAUGUAUGGAACAUUUUUAAUAUAAAGACAUUAGGUGAAUAUAGCGAUCAUUAUUUAAAAACUGAUGUUGCUAUACUAGCUGACGUGUUUGAAAAUUUCAGAGACUUAUGUUUAUCUAGUCUUGAGUUAGAUCCUGCUCAUUAUAUGACUGCUCCAGGAUUUGCGUAUGAUUGUAUGCUUAAAUAUACAAAGAUCGAAUUAGAAAGGUUAAAAUGCUCUAAUAUGCUUUUGUUUAUAGAGAAUUCAAUUCGUGGUGGGAUAACUCAAUCGACUAAAAGGUUUGCUAAAGCAAACAUACCAAAUAUCAAAGGAUUGAAUUAUAAUUCUAUCGAACCGAUUAAAUGGAUAACAUAUCUUGAUUGUGUAAAUUUAUAUGGAAAGUCUAUGUUGACAGAAUUACCUUUUAAAGAUUUUGAAUGGGUUGAUGACUUAAACAUAGACGUAACUAAAAUUGCUGAUGAUUCUGAAGUUGGGUAUAUAUUAGAAGUCGAUAUCGACUACCCAAAACAUUUACAUAAGACUCAUAAUGAUUUCCCGUUUUUACCGUUGAACGAAUGUCCACCAAAUUCUAAAGUUAAGAAAUUGUUAACUACACUAUUACCGAAAAAAAACUAUAUUGUUCAUUAUAAAAAUUUAAAACAAGCGAUUUCUCACGGUCUUAAACUUGUAAAAAUUCAUCGAGCUAUCCGCUUUUCUCAAAAGAAAUGGAUGGUAUCGUACAUUGAAUUCUGUACUAAAAUGAGAACAGAAGCUAAAAACGAGUUUGAAAAAGAAUUCUGGAAGCUUUUAAUUAAUAGUGUUUUUGGAAAAUGUAUGGAAAAUGUUCGAACAAGAACUUCUAUAAAACUGGUUUCGUCAGAAAAAAAAGCUAAUAAAUUAAUGGCGAAAACUAAUUUUAAGGAUAGAACUAUAUACUCUAAGAAUCUUAUGGCUAUUCAUCAACAUAAGGAAACUAUUAAAUUCGAUAAGGCGAUUUAUGUAGGAUCAGCAAUUUUAGACGUUUCGAAAACUUUUAUGUAUGAUUUUCAUUAUAAUGUAAUGAAAAAGAAAUAUGGUAAACAAAUUAGUUCUUUAUAUUCGGAUACAGAUUCAUUGAUAUAUUCUAUUCAAACAGUAAAUUUUUUCGAUGAUUUAAAAAAUGAUUUAUUACCAUAUUUUGACACAUCUAAUUAUCCUAAAGACCAUUAUUGCUUUAGUGAAAUUCAUAAGGGCCAACCAGGAAUGUUCAAAGACGAACUUAAAUCAAUAAUUCUUAAAGAAUUCGUUUCUUUGAGACCGAAAUUAUACGCUUAUAAAACCAUAGAUGAUACUGUAGAAAAAAAAGCAAAGGGUGUAAAAAAAUAUAUAAUAAAAAACCAUAUGAAAUUUAUUGAUUACAUAGAGAUAUUAAAUGCUUUUAUAACCCAUAAAUCUGUUGAGGAAAAACAAUCUCAUAGAAACAUGAAUUUCAUUCAAUCGAAUAAACAUGUUCAUUCGAAAACAAUGAACAAGCUUGUUCUCAGUGCCAAUGAUGAUAAAAGAUAUAUAAUGAAUGAUGGGAUAAAUACAUUGGCGUAUGGGCAUUACAAACUGACAAAAUAA